UCUCUUCAGGUGAUUAGAAUUGCUGUAGGCUUCUUGCGCAACGCAAUUUACAUAUCAGUAGAUUGAUGUCUCGCUUACUAAAUCAACUAAGCAAUUUUACAUUACGACUUAUUUGAAUUUGAAUGGCUUUCUUUAUCAAAAGCCGAGCUUCCAUUCGUAAGAGCCCUGAUUUUCCAACCCUACGCAAUUAAUUUCUUGGGUAAAAGAUAACUCAUAUAAGAGAAAAUCUGAAAGAGCACAGUUAAUAAUGAUUCACCGAAGUUGAGGUGAAAAAUGUUUCUUUAUAUACCACACCGGCUGAAUAACUAGUGAACCAAAGAAAUUCUUUUUCCUACCAACAAUCCGGCGAAUGGUCGGAAAUUUCCAAGUUAAAUCUCUGCAUGGAGGUGAAUAGCACUUUGCAAUGUAAUCAUCUCCGAGUUAAUGAACCAAUCAGAACACGUGAAAAGCAUUAUUCACUUGUGUGGUAUAUCGUAAAGCUGGGCAAAUAUCGUUAGUGAUUGUCACUUAUUAUUCAAGGGAAGUUGCACAGUAAUCUUCGCUCCCUUCCCUGAAAGUGAACGGAUGUAAAAGCAAGCUUCAAAGAAAACAAAACGGUUAACCGAGGUGGAAAAGAAUCCUCGCCAACAGCUGCCACUGUGGGCCAGAAUUGUAUUAAGAGUAACUGGGUGAACGGAAAGAGAAAAGAAAAAGAGUUCUUUCCGAGAAAAUGUCCGUGUGCACCAACACAUCGUGUAGCUUACAAGAGGUGAUUUGCCAAGGAGUCCUUCGUGAUUCACUCCGCGAUUACCUUGUAUGGCUCGUUUUCAACAUUUCUUUUCACAUACUGCUGAGCAUAACAGCCACGGUUGAAAAUGUAUUGGUCUUGGUUGCCAUAUGGCGGACAUCUUCGCUUCACUCGCCGUCGAAUACUUUGCUGUUUGGUUUGGCUUUGUCUGAUUUAUGCGUGGCAUGUGUAGCUCAGCCACUUUUCAUCACACUCCAGUUCCUUAUCUACAGUAACGAUGGCCUGAGAUCGUGUGCUCUGGAUACGGCAGCUGUUUUCCUGAAUAUUUUCUCCAGUAAAGUUGCAUUUUUGACUCUGACAACUAUAAGUAUUGACAGAUAUCUAGCUGUAUAUUUGCAUCUAAGAUAUCGCGAAAUUGUGACAAAUAGAAAAAUCAAACUUCUUCUUGCUGCUCUGUGGAUAGUAGGGGGAGUAAUCGCUGCGACAUCGUUUUUAGCAAUAACCAUUCUUCAAUGGACUUUAAUUAUUGUAGAAUCCGCCUGCUUUUUAACCUCGCUUUUUGUGUGGAUUAGAAUUUACCAAGUCAUAAGGCGUCACAAAGCACAGAUUCAAGGCCAAGCCCAAAUGCAGGAGCAGCAUUUUGACAUGAUUAAGUUUAAAAAAUCUGCGAGUAACUGCAUGUUUCUUAUUUUUGCCUAUUUGCUGUGCUAUCUUCCGCUUUUCAUAACUACGGUACGCCUGACAAUUAACUUGAAUAAGAGCGGUUUUAGGUUGGUUUUCGCCAGUUACAGUGCUUUUGUGUUGAAUUCGUCACUGAACCCUCUUGUAUAUUGCUGGCGUCAUGACGGUAUCCGCGCAGCUGUGAAGCGAGUAUUGAAAAAAAUAUGCUGUCAAGUGGAAGAUCAUUAAGGUGUCUUCAUAGGGUAAUCAUUUAUGGCGUUGCGCGCGCUAGUGUGAUGUUUUGAAUGCUGUUUUUGCAUUCGCUUUCACAUCUAGUCCUCUCAAACUUAUUACCUAUAAUAAGCAAUCAUUAAAUAGUAUUUUGUUAUCAUCUCUGUUAAAAUGUU